AUGGCUCACUUCACAACACAAGUCGGCCUAGGCCAACUCCUCGCCAUCGUCCAGAUAAUCGGCGCUGACUUCGACAUCACCUCCCCUGGGAUCCUCUCCUGGCUCAGCGCAGGCUACAGCCUCACAGUCGGAACCUUCAUCCUCAUCUCCGGCCGCAUGGGCGACAUCUUCGGCUACAAGAACAUGCUCGUGAUCGGGUACGCGUGGUACGCGGUCUUCACGCUCGUGGCUGGGUGUAGCGUGUACAGCAACUAUGUGUUGUUUAUCUUCGCGAGGGUGCUGCAGGGGAUUGGGCCGAGCAUUUGUCUGCCGAAUGCGUUGGCGCUGUUGGGGAUUCUUUUUGAGCCGGGGAUGGGGAAGAAUAUGGCUUUUGCGGCUUUUGGGGCUUGUGCGCCGACGGGGUCGAUUAUGGGGUCGAUUUUCGCGGGGGUGUUUGCGCUGGCUUGGUGGCCUUGGACGUUCUGGUCGUUCGCCAUGGUGCUUGUGGCACACGCUGUUGUGACAGCUCUCACGAUCCCUGAUACCCAAGUUAGGACGAUUCAACCGAGAUCUCUCGUCGACUAUAUGAACCAUCUCGACCUCUACGCAGCAACGAUCGGGAUCACGGCAAUGAUCCUCUUCAACUUCGCCUGGAACCAGGCGCCAGUCGUUGGAUGGGACUCGCCCUAUGUCCUCGUGUGUCUCAUCCUCGCAGUGCUCCUGUUCCCAGCCUUCCUCUACCUCGAGCUUCGCGUCUCGAAAUUCCCGCUGAUCCCCUGGAGCGUCUUCAAUCGCGACAACGGCUUCGUACUGGCAUGCAUAGCGAUGGGCUGGGCCUCGUUUGGAAUCUGGGUCUACUACAUCUGGCAGAUCUUCCUCGUCUCGCGCGGCGUCUCUCCCAUCCUCGGCGCCGCCUACUUGACGCCCAUGAUUAUAUCCGGCAUCGUCGCAGCAGGGAGCACAGGCUUGCUACUUGGGAUCGUCCGUCCAGCCUGGCUUAUGGUCUUUUCGCUCUCGGCGUUUCUGGCGAGCGCUGUGCUAACGGCUACCCUCCCACCGCACCAAAUCUACUGGGCUCAGAUUUUUGUCUGCACUUUGGUGGCGACGUUUGGCAUGGAGAUGUCGUUUCCGGCGGCGACGGUGUAUCUGAGCAACUCCAUUGAGCGGGAGCACCAGGGUGUUGCGGCGAGCUUGGUCUCCACGAUCGUCAACUACAGCAUCAGCCUGGGAUUGGGCUUCGCAGGUACCGUGGAGGUGAAUGUGAGGCAUGGAGACAGUCCGAAGGAGAUUUUGCAAGGAUAUCGAGGAGCGUUGUACAUUGCGGUUGGAUUCGCCGGUAUGGGCCUUGCUACUAGUGUGGUGUUCUUGGCACACACGUACUGGGGUAGUCGGCGAGGAAGCAAAGUCGAAGCCAGCGAGUAG